AUGACGGAGGGGGGUGAUGGCGGCGGGAUCUUCGUCAUCGAGGCCGCAGAGGCGGAGGCGAUGGCUAGGCAAUCGGGGAUCACCGUCCUGCAGCUCCUUCCUACGCUGGUACCCUCCGCGCAGGCGCUGGCUUGGCCGCCGAUCUCCAGGUUCUGCGUAGGGGCUGCCGGAUUGGGAUCCAGCGGGAGAGUCUACCUCGGGGUGAAUCUGGAGUUUCGCGGGGUGCCGCUGAACCAGUCCGUCCACGCAGAGCAAUUUCUGAUCGCCAACGCCGCCGGCCGCGGGGAGAGGCGGAUCAGCCACAUCGCCGUGUCCGCCGUCCCCUGUGGCCACUGCCGGCAGUUCCUACAGGAGGUCCGCCAUGCGUCCGAGAUCCAGAUCCUGGUAACGUCCGAGGGUCCGAGGGCCGAAUUCCAGCCGCUGUCUAAGCUCAUUCCCCAUCCCUUCGGUCCCCGUGAUCUCCUCCACGAGGACUGUCCCUUUCUGAUGGAACCUCGUGAUAACAACCUCGUUCUCGUGGCGGAUGCCGGCGACGGGAACCACGGACUCGCUGUUUGCAAUGGCAGGGCCCUGCUGGAGGGCAAACUGCGGGCCGCGGCGCUGGAGGGGGCGCGGACGGCACACGCGCCGUAUAGCGGUUGUCCGUCGGGAUUCGCGGUGGCGGACGAGGAAGGGAGGGUAUACGGCGGCGGCUACGCCGAGUCGGCGGCGUAUAACCCCAGCUUGGGGCCAGUGCAGGCGGCGCUGAUCGCCUAUGUGGCCGGGAGCGGACGCCGCAGCGACCGCGGCGAGGACGGAGGCUACGACAAGAUCGUGGGGGCGGCGUUGGUGGAGGCGGAAGACGCGGUGGUGUCCCACGAAGAGACGGCCAGGAUGUUGAUGGCCGCGGUAGCUCCGCGAUGCCGCCUCGUCGUCUACCGAUGCAGACCCGGCUGA